UUGCAGAGAGACAGUGGUUUAUUGAAUUGAUGGAGAUCUUUCUCAGUCCCAUCCCACUUUCAUGUUUCUCCUUACAGGAUAACUGAUUUAGGAAAGAUUAAAAGAAGAUUGUAUUUGUCAACGAUCCACAAGGAACUGUCUGUAACCCCGCUACAUGCAAAAAUACCUCUAGUUAUGAUCAAGCGCAAAAUUUGGUGCAAUCUGGGCAUUGACUUGGUAGCUUUCACCAGUGAGAUAUUCAAAGGAGCUGUUUUCCAAUCACUGGAUGGCAUAAUAGUUUUCAGCUAAUUGUAAGCUGCGAAGAGCUUCACUCUGAAAUCAAAGCCCAUGGAUACAACUGAUGAAGAUGUUGCUGGGCCAACAGAUACCAUACCUCGAGCUUGUCAGUUAAAUUCAGAUGUGCCACAAGUCACACAGCUGCUGAAUAUGGACAAACUCCGCCCAGCAGAACAAAAAUGUGUAGGUCAGCCCAUAAACUCAUCAGAAUUAGAUCAUCUAACGAACCGAGGAUCGGCCACUAUACGGAAUAGUAAAAAUCACGAUAUAUCGCACAUUGCAUUUGGAUCGAAAGUCUUUGGUCCACCUCCUCCCUCAGGUCGAAGAAUCAACACAAGAGCAUCUGGGGAGGUAACAAAAUCUGCAAGCAUUAAAACUAACAGAUCAUGCCAAGUGCCUGCCUUUGAAAAGGGGAAAGAGCCAAUACAGAUCAUUGGCAGGACUAAACGCUCCCCUUCUCCACUUGAUGUAGCAGCUUUAGAGCAAGGAAACAAAGAAAAUAUUCACUGCACAAACCAGAUGUUGGUGGAUCAAGAUGAAUGGGUCUUCCCUGACAAGGAAAGUUCUCAUCUCAAUUCCAGCAAUCCACUAUUAAUGGCUUGUGAAACAUCUUACAGCUUUUUCACCCCACCGUUGAAUGGUGACCAGAGCUCUGAAAACAAACAAGCAGUUGAAGAUGAGCAGGAGGAUAUUUUCACCUAUUCCUCAAAACCUAGAUCAGCACCUCAUGGGAAACCCUUAAAUCUUUCAUCAGAAAGCUGCAGCUUUGUGGAUUUAAAAGAAGAAGUCAGUGGAGUCUGGCGAGGAGCUCAAAUGGAAGAUGACUUCUGCGGAAAUGAGAGCAAUGAAGAAGAUAAUAGCUACAGUGAAUUUAUGCAAGAGGCUCAGAACAGCUCCUUUUUAUCAAGAUCAUCAGAACUUGUGAUUUCCAAAGAGAUUCCACUCAAAAUUACAUCCCAGAGUCCUGAAAAUUGUGCAAGCCAAGGAUAUGCAAAACGUGCUGGUGGGAAAGCUUUGUCACCAAGUACAGAAGAUUCAGUUGUGAUGACUGAUGAAAAGGCAGAUAACAUUCCAAGAAGCUUGUUGCCUACUUGCUGCUCGUCCCCAAGAGGAAGCAUACCAGGGCCCAGUAAGGAAACAUCUGAGGUAUCAAAGGAUGCAUCAAGUCUAUUGAGAACUUCCAUAAGUAGAAAAUCCCUGAAGGAAAUCCCAAAGGAGAAUUCAAAUCCAAGAGGCCACAUUCCUGUAAACAUGGUGACCAUGAGCAAAAAGCCCGUCACCGUCUGA